GGUGCGCUGGAGCAGGGAGCAGUGGGACACCCAUAUGUGUGCCCCAAUACCGGACCGUACCCUCUCCUGUGAGUGGUCCAUUUACACCGUGAGUUGGAAGUUCAAGAUCACUCACCGUGACGGGAACGACAUGGCGCUCUACACAGCAAGAGAUAUAGCACACCGCUGGCUCAGUACUGUGUUGCCUUCAGCCGUGUAUCAUUUACACCGAGUAUCCGUCUCAAACGCAAGCAGGUCCAGUGUGAAAGACAACAACGAAACAUCGAGUGGAGACAACAGCUUUGUCGGCCUAGUCUACCUCAACGUCAUCCCCAGUGUGGACGUGGCAAAAGUGCAAGAAAAGAUUCAUACCGAACUGGGGAACCCAUACAAUGAAUCAAGUAGUGUGGUUAAGGUGCUGGCUGAUAAAGCUAGCAUACGAACAACACCUAUAGACCAUUUCCCUUCCGAUCCAACGAAGCGUCCACCAGUCAUGACAUCAAUAGCUGCGUCAACUGCCAACAUGUCAGUAGUUAGGACUUGUCCAGCAGAGAGUCAGCAAACAAGAAAAGGCCUCUUUGAGUGGCCCAUAACGCCCGGGGGUGAAAACAGCACUCAGCCUUGCCCCAAAAACACUCAACACACCGCCACCAGACACUGUAAACUGGGCCUCAGCACUUAUUGGAUGCCUCCAGACCUACAAGACUGCCAUCUGGUGGUGGAAACAAUCCCUGAUCUGGACCAUGUGAUGGUCACUCCUGAGACGACCUUGGAUGUCAUGGAGAUGAUUGAUAGUUUAGUUAGCAAUCGCUCCGAGCUCAGCCAUCAGGAGCUGGCGAUGGUGCUCGACAAGAUGGAGGAUGUGGUGGGUGUCCGGGUGGUGACCUCUGACCUGGGACAAGCUCUCAUCGAUACCAUCUCGGACGUCCUGGAGUCUAACAGUGACCUCUUGCCCUUCACCAACACGAUUCUUAACCUCACAGAGGUAGUGGGAGAUUGCAUGGUGGGAUUCCAGAACGCUUCUACUCUGGUAGCUUCGGCCGUUGCAGUUUCAAUGGUUAAUGCGGUUCCGGGUCAGUUUGCUGGUUUGACUUUUGGAGUGUCAUCUUUCGGAAACGGCUCCAAACCUGAGAUUUUCCUGAAUCAGGUCCCCGUUAAAGGCACAGUGGCUUUUAUUGUUUUACCCUCCAUGCUGCAACAUAGCUUCCCAAACACCCAGAGCCCAUCGAGAAUCCAGUUUCAGUUCUAUGGCAUUCCCCAACUCUUCAAGAGCAAGCAGAAGGAUCACAUCCUCAACAGCUUUGUGGUGUCCGCCAGUGUGGGCAACAGCACCACCCAGAUUCAGAACCUCCAGGAAUACAUCCUGGUUACGCUCCAUCAUCUCCAACCCAAAUAUCCCCAUAUGGAGACACAGUGUGUGUAUUGGAACUUCAAUGAAAACAUGUUUGUGUGUCAGAUGGAAAUGGAGGCUGGGACCCACGCGGCUGCAGAAAGCACAACAGCAGCAUUGACUUCACCACGUGCCUGUGCGAUCAUCUCACACACUUUGGAGUUCUUUUGGAUGUUUCCAGGACAGAGCUGGAUGAAUUUAAUCAGCAUUUACUGACAGUGAUCACCUAUAUAGGGUGUGGAGUGUCAUCACUGUUUUUGGGGAUCACCAUCCUCACUUAUACGGCUUUUGAGUAAGAUUCCAAAGU